AUGAUAAUAUCUUGCAAAGAUUUCAAUAUGUGGUUCAUUUUAUUGCUAAUAAUUGCCACAGCUACUGCUAUUCCAGUUGACCCUAUUCCUGAUAAUACUCCUAUACCAAUGCCACCUACACCUACCACUAAAAGGAUUCAUUACGAUAGUGUGCUAGGUUAUAGAUGCGAGUCAAAUAGCAAUUGUAAUGGUUUUGUUAACAACGCAAGAUGUCUCAAUGGUACAUGUGCAUGCCAACCUGGACACAUUGCCAAAGGAAUUUGGUCUUGUGUUCAAGUAAAAAAAAAGUACCACCAUUAA